AUGAACCAGCGAUUCCAUUUUAUCUUUUUUCUGUACCUCGCCGCUUCCGUUCUUUCUCUACCUGGGAAACCGCGCCAUGAGGGAAACCCAACGCACGAAAACCACGUACCCGACUUCCCACCACUACAGGAACGACAGCUUGACGGGGGAAUAAACAACGUAUACUACCUCGUCAACUGCCAAAACGACUCGAAAGUAGCUUUUUACAACAACGUCGACAAUUCUCACGAUCCUAGCCAUCAACCUGAUUGGGUCGAAACGACCUGGGAUCGUUACACUCGCAACACACCAUUCCAGCCAUGGAUGAAAUACGAGACGGGCUGGACAGAGAUACUGGCGGACCACGACCCCAAGCCCACGCACACGGACAGCAAUUUCAAGGUGCAGAUUAACUUCGAUAAGGUGCAAUGGGAUAACGAACAGGCUGGUGUCCUUGCGGGGGAUGGCUAUGAUCGUUAUGGGAACUUGACUUGUUUCAAGGAUAAUGCAAGAAGACUCUACGGAAAAGAGGGACCAGACGCUUGUGGUGCGGUGUACUUUUGCUGGCGGGAGAAACAUCGGAAAGUAAGUUCGCCCUAUAGACUAUCUACAAUAAAGCCCUAUCAAUGUAGCAUUCAUGCUAAAGCGGUUGGAUAG